AGUCAGUUCGUCGCUCUCCGCGCUCGCCGCCGGUCGCAGCCCGCGGGAGCAGGGGCCUCCGUCCGCGUCCUCGCACCUGCAGCGGUACCCCACACCCCACCUGCGCCUCCCCGCCUUUCUGCGCAGCUUACAAGAGGAGACAUCUCCAUCAUUGUUUUGUUUUCUCUUAUAUCCCAGCACCCCUCCUGCUUGCGAUGUCGGCUAGGGGCAGCUGAUGCUGGAGCAGGGCGCGUCGUCCACGCACACGUCAGCUCGACGUCGAGGUUCCGAGUUUUAACAAAAGCCCGUUCGAGUUGAACGUGUGUGUGGGCCGGGGAAGGACCCCCGAAGGACGCCGUCAUGCUGACCCCCGUGGUCGCCGGGGUCGCAGCCGCGGCCAGCCGGGCGACCCGACCCACCCGACUCGACGGCCCGCCGCCGCCGCGGCCCUAGGCUGGCCUGGCUGACCGUGGGGACAGAGGAAGAAGAUCACUGACAUCGAGGUAGUCACGACGAUGGCCGCUGCUGAAGUCGUCCGGAGCGCGCCCUUAACGUAUUGGGGUGUUAGAACGGCAUUCUGCACUCUUCUACUGCUACUUCAAGUCGGAGGUUUUUCGGGGGUCAUUUGGGAGGAGUGGUGGACGUACGACGGCAUAUCCGGCCCGGCCUUCUGGGGGCUCAUCAACCCCGAGUGGAGCCUGUGCAACAAGGGCCACCGCCAGUCGCCCGUGGACCUGGAGCCGGACAGGCUGCUGUUCGACCCCAACCUGCGGAACAUUCGAGUCAACGCGCACAGGGUAAACGGGCUGCUCACCAACACGGGGCACGGCGCCGUGCUAGCCCUGGACAACUCGACUCGACGCGCGCUCAACGUGUCGGGCGGGCCGCUGGCCUACAAGUACCAGCUGCACGAGCUGCACGUCCGCUACGGCCUGGUGGACUCGCUGGGCUCGGAGCACCUCGUCAACGGCAGGUCGUUCCCCGCCGAGAUUCAAAUUUUCGGGUUCAACUCGGAGCUUUACGUGAACUUCUCGGAUGCGACUCAGAAGGCGCAGGGGCUGGUGGCGCUCUCCAUACUGCUUCAGGUGGGGGACUUGUCAAACCCGGAGCUGCGCUUGCUGACGGACCAGCUGGAACGGGUGCAGUACCGCGGAGACUCGGUGCCAGUAACGCGAAUUUCAAUCCACGGCCUGCUCCCCAACACGUCCGCCUACAUGACUUACGACGGCUCCACCACGAUGCCCGGAUGUCAUGAGACCGUCACGUGGAUCGUGUUCAACAAACCCAUCUACAUCACCAAGCAACAGCUACUGGCGCUGCGCCGCCUCAUGCAGGGUACCAUCGCCACCCCUAAGGCGCCCCUCGGGAACAACUUUCGCGGCCCGCAGUCUCUCCACAACCGGCCGCUCAGAACCAACAUCGACUUCAGGAAGGACGCGGCCACAGGGAAUCAGUGCGUCUCAAUGAAAAAAACCACGUACUACAAAGCAAACGUAUGGUGAGGGGCUGACUGCCCGCUCGAGCGCCCUCAAGGCACGCAACCGGCGCGGCGCGGAAGUCUCAUGGGCUGCCUACCCGACAGGCGGUACGAGGAUGGAGGAACUCGAGG